GUAUAAAUACCCUAAGUAGAAGUGGGUAAAGUAAAACAUAAGAAAAUAUGUGCAACAGGCUGCAUUUGAAAAAGAGUGCCCCAUGCUGAAAUCUACAUGUUAUUGCCUUAUUUUGUGUGUCCCCGCAAUUAUCAUCUGAGCAAGGCAGAUACCAGCAGCUAACAUGGAAUUUUCAUCCCUUUGUCAGGUGCACAUCAUGUUGCUUCAACUUUGUGUAACUUUACAGAAAAGGAAAUUAAUUCUUAGCAUCAAAGGGACAGUCUCAUUUAUGCUCGAAAAACAGCUUAUCUGCUGGAGAACCUAAACUGAAAAAAAGUCCCUCCAUGAACUCUCAGCACAAAUCAACAGCAAAGUCAAGAUCAUGAUGAGGCCUGAAAGUGGCAGAAGAAAUGGCUGGGUGGUGCCAUACACUAUAUUUCAAACAUUAGCUAUAGAAUCUGGCAAUAUGCUUUGCAUAUGAAAUAUUUUCUAGUAAAUAUGCCUGCUUGCAUCAAGUAAGCCCUUUAUGAUUUCUUCAUCCUCUCCUUUAACUGACGUGUAAAUGGCAAGUAAUAACGAAGCCAUUUACCAACUGAAUACAUUCAAGACCCUCAUAAUUGUGGAAUUACUGAAGUUAAAGCCUCAGAAUUUUCUCUCAGAAGAAACGGACAUCAAUCCAGCUGUGGAGGUUACAAAACAGUUUCAAAACAACCUUAUUUUUCAUUGCAGACACAGAAAUAAUUAUACUGACUAGUGGAAAUGCCAGACAAAAUUGUGUAUGAUGAAUCUUUGUCUCUACUAGCAAAGCAAAAUCAUCUACUAAAUACUUGGGUGGUCAAGCCUGGUGUGCCACUGUAGAAUUGUUAAGUUUGCACCCCACUUCAAAAUCAUAGAGUAGUUCAGUUCCUUCCAGUAAUGAUUAAGUUACGAUGUGCUCCAGUUGCCGUCACCUGAAGAGAGGACAGCUCUUUCCUAUUACAUGUCAAAGUCCUGGAGUUCACUGUCCAAGCUCCAUUUAAGAUUCCCAAGAGAGAACUUUGUCUCUAUGUUUCUCACUUAUAUUGAAAACUGAGCAGGUUAUGAUGAUGGAAAUCCUGUUUUAAAUUGUUUUCUUGGUCCCCUGUCUCCCUAGCAGAAGACAGAGUUCAUGAAGUAUACAGGUUUCCUGCAAGAGACACCAUCCUGUUUAUGUGGGCUAGAUAUAACCAUUGGUUGAAAUAUUUAAUCCAGCAAUCCUAAACUUUGUACGACAGCUUAAAUAUGUGUAAUUAACUCAAAAACCUCUGAAGUAAAAUUUAACUUCAGUAACACGAGACUAGUCCACUGAUACUGCUCUUGUAUAAUGUGAGCAUUCGGUUCCUUUGGCAGGUACCAGCCAGCGAGCAACAGGCCCCAGCUCUUUCGUAGGAGAUGGCUGCCUUCUUCUCCAAUCUGGUUCAGUUCCAGGGACUACUUCAAAUGAUCUUAGUGCUGGGAAUUGGUGGUAGUUUCCCAUAUGGAUUCCAUAUUUCUGUCAUCAACUAUCCUUCUGUGCACAUCAGGAAGUUUAUUAAUGAAACCUGGAUAGAUCGACAUGGCUCUCCCCUCCAUCCUGAGACAAUCAUGCUGUUGUGGUCGUUCAUUGUGUCUGUUUAUGGGAUAGGAGGACUCCUGGGAAGCCUCUGCUGUGGCUACCUGACUACAAAAUACAGGAAGAAAAAGUGCCAGAUGUUCACCAACCUGAUCAUGUUGGUAGCUGCACUUUUCAUGGCCCUCAGUAAAACCGCCAAAUCUUUUGAGAUGAUUCUAGUCGGGCGCUUUCUCUAUGGCAUUGGUUCAGGUUUUUCUCUCAAUAUACAUCCUCAGUAUGUAGGAGAGAUUUCACCCAAGAAGUUGCGUGGGUUUACCAACUCCACUGUUGCUGUUUUUCUGACCCUGGGAAAACUCACAGGACAGGUUGUUGGACUACGGGAGAUUUUAGGAAGCGAAGCUUUGUGGCCAUGGUUGUUAGCAUCUAGUGGACUUUCAGCAUUGGUUCAACUGGUUACCCUCCCAUUUUUCCCUGAUUCACCAUCCUACCUCCUGAUACAGAAGGGUAAUGAGGAAGCCUGCAGGAAAGCCAUCAGGAAGCUCUGGGGGGAAGGAGACCACCAAGCAGAAAUUGAUGACAUUAUGAAGGAGAAGGGUGCAAUGGCGAGCACAAAAACCUUGCGUGUCCUUGAAGUAAUAAAAGAACGAUCUCUGCGCUGGCAACUUUACAUUUUGAUGACUGUCAUGACCACACUGCAGCUCUGUGGAAUCAAUGCAAUAUACUUCUAUUCUUUUGAAGUGUUCCACACAGCCAAAUUUGAAGAAUACCUUAUCCCAUACGUGUCCCUGGGAGUUGGGUUGUGUGAGUGCUUAUCCUCUAUACUGUGUAGCACCCUUAUAGACCGGUUUGGGCGGAAGGUGCUGCUAUGGGGCGGAUACACGCUGAUGUGUUCUGUGCUAGCACUGCUUACCAUGACCCUGUCACUGCAGCAUCGAUUUUUCUGGAUGCAUUACUUCAGCGUUAUCUUGAUCUUUCUGUUCGUUGUCUUCUAUGGAACUGGACCAUCUGGAGCCACUGUAUCUGUGAUGGUUGAAAUCUUCAGCCAGUCAUACAGACCAUCAGCCUUUCUGAUUGUUGGCUGCAUCAACUGGAUGGGACUGUUCGUACUUGGGAUGAUUUUUCCAGUAAUUGUUGAUAACCUUGGACCCUUCUGCUUCCUUAUCUUUUUGGGAAUCCUUGCUUUAUCAGCAAUUUUCAUCUACCUAUAUCUUCCUGAGACCAAGGGAAAGUCAAUCAUGGAAAUAAAAGCAGAAUUCAACAAGCUGAACUUUGGGAAAAAAGAAACAUCUGUCACUGAAAAUAACUUUCCUAAGGAACAGGUGUCUUGCACCAAGCUCUGAAAGUUCAGAGAAGAAAUUUGUACAGGAAACAAUGUUGCAACAGAAGUAAAAAGGAAACAUUAAAAACAGACU